AUGCCGCGCCUGGCCAGCCUUCUGGCCGCCUCACUCCUUGCUCACGGCUCGUCCGCUGCGUACACGUUAGUCCGCGACUACGCCCCGCAGCACUUCUUCAACAACUUUGGAUUCUACGACGGCGACGACCCGACCCACGGCACCGUCGCUUACCAGUCCCGCCAGGAUGCCGCGAGCAAGGGCCUUAUCAGCACCACCGACUCCACCGUCCGCAUUGGCGUCGACUCCACCAACAAGGUCGAUGACGUGCGCCCGUCGGUCCGCAUCUUCAGCAACGACACGUACAACCACGGCAUCCUGCUCGUCGACGUCAUGCACAUGCCCGCCGGCUGCGGCACAUGGCCUGCCUUGUGGAUGCUGGGCGACGGCGACUGGCCCGCCAACGGCGAGAUCGACAUCCUCGAGGGCGCCAACGACCAGGCAGGCAACUACAUGACCUUGCACACCAGCAGCGUCGAGGCCAACGCCUGCUCCAUUGACGCCGUUCCCGCCUCGGGCGACGACGGAUCCGGCGCUCUGGGCUACUCCAAGACCGACUACACGGGCACCGUCUUCUCCAGCAACUGCGCGUACGACGCCGACACGGGCGACAACACCGGCUGCCAGAUCCAGGCCCCGACUGGCACCAGCGCCGUCUACGCAGGCUCGGGAAAGACGACCAAUGCCGACGUCCCCACUUUCGGCCAGUCCUUGAACAGCGCCGCUGGCGGCACCGUCGCCAUGCAAUGGACUGACGACGGCAUCAAGGUCUGGUUCUUCGGCCGCACCCAGGCCAAGCCCGCCGACGUCGCUGCCGCAAUCAAUUUGGGCGCUGAUCCGCCAACCCUGGCUCCGAGCAACGAUGCCUGGGGCAAGCCCCUGGCCCACUUCUCCGGUCCCGACUGCGAUUGGGCGAAGCGCUUCAACGAUAUGCGCAUUGUCGUCAACAUCGACUUGUGCGGCGACUGGGGCGCCGCCACUUGGCCGAGCGGCUCGUGCCCGACGACCACGGGCUAUGACAGCUGCGAAAACUACGUCAAAGAGAAUCCGCAGGCCUUCACCGAGGCCUACUGGGAAUUCGGCGCUUUCCGUUGGUUUGAGUGGCGCGAUCCGGCCCCGCCUGCGACUACUACUACCGCCGCCACCAGCUCGAGCAGCAGCAGCAGUGGCGCCGUUGUUACCAUCAAGACCACCAAGACCGAGACUUUCAUUUCGAGCAGUAGCAGCACCAGCUCCGUUGCAAAGUCCAGCACUUCAAGCGCCCCACCCGCCGCUCCCACCGUCAUUUACUCAACCAUCUCCGCACCCUCGACCACCUCCCGCCCGUUCACGUACGCACCGACUACCGAAGCCGCACCGACUGUCGCAGCGACAGCAUCGACUACUAGCUCCAACGCCGCCGCCUCGACGAGUUCGAGUGGUUCGUGGCCGGCCAAUGAAUCGGCAAAAGGCGACGCCCAGUACAUGGUCAACGGCAAGUUGCCCCUUGGUGGCGCCGAAACCGUGACCGUGUCGUGGUCAAUUAUGACUGGCGGAGCAGUAAUUUUGGCCGCAAUCCUUUUAUGA